GUGUGUGUGUGAGGAAUAUGCUGUGCUCUUUCACCAGCUCAGCUUUAUCUUGUUCCGUGUUUCAAGCAGUAAAUCAGUGGGGACUAUAACAGCUCCUGCUCUGUCCUUUCACUCAGGUAGUGGGUGCAGCAAGCAGGAUUCACGCCCAUGAUUCAGACUCCCACGACAGGGAGAGUGACAUCAUCCGAGGGUAAACACACUCUCUGCCGUUAGGUAGGGAGAGGUGGAGGAAACAAAGAAGGAAACAAAACUCCACCUGGUCGUCUCUAUACGCUGACCUCACCUGGGUUACUUCGUCAGAGGAGACUUUCUCAAACAACACACCUGCUGGGUCCUAGAAGGAAUAUACUUGUACUAUUGAACUGAACUUUGAGAAGAUAGAGGGAAGCACGGGAUCAAAUUGGCAAGGUCUACAGGACAUGAUAGAAUCCUUCUCAGUAAAGGAUACCUAAGACUCGGCUUCGUCUCAGAAGUGAACCAAAGGACAUCUCAACAGGACCUGGUAAGAUGCCGCUGACGACGUCUCUGUACCGUAAGCCAGCCUCGGCCCGCUGGUCCAGAAGGACACAGAAGCGCAGGGAGGUGCUCUCUGUCAACAUGAUCAGCCUCCCAUUGGCCGACUUCCGCCAUGUUUCCCACAUCGGGAACAACGACCACAGCGACAGCUUCGGGGACCUGUCCUUUCUGAAGGGGGGCAACAGCCUGGUGCUGCAAAGCUCUCAGAGUGAGCAGAACCUCUUGCUGGCCUGCUACCCUCCACCCAAACCCUUACGCCUUAACCUGGACGAGGCCACGGAGAGCCCCGAGUGGACCAGGGCCCACAUGAGCCACAGUGCCUCAGAGAGGAGGAAGAAGUGCAGCUCCUUGCCCCUGCUGGACAGCGAGGAGGGUGAGGGGAAUGGGGAGAUGGAGGGCAGGGUUAGCCCCAGCCACAGGGUCAUGGUCAGCAGCCCCAGUCCUGCCCGUGGCAGCCUGAGUUCUGGCCGGGAUGGAGACUCCACUCAGACCUGCUCUGAGGACACGCAGCAGCUGGAUGAGGUGGACAAUAGCUUCUCCUUCAGCCUGGACCUGGGCCCCUCCAUCCUGGACGACGUGCUGCAGGUCAUGGACAGGCUCCACUAUUAGAGGAACAGCCAGACAGAGACCUUACUAACGUCAUCAUUGUGACUGGCAUUAGAACACUCCAAACUGCCAUAAGACGAUGAACGGCUGACAUAAAAGAGUACGGUUACAUGCACACAAUAAUAUGAUUAUUGUGAAUAGUCAGAUUAAUAUAAUAGUUCAAAUAAACAGUUACAUGCUUUGCAAGAAGAAAAAUUUCCCUAAUAAUCCUGUUGACAUAGACCCAUCUGAAAUCAGGCUAUUUGAUGGGCCUUUAAUAAACGCAGAAAAUCAUCAAUCAAAAUACACGUUCUACCACAGCGACCAUGUAAUAUUUGUGAAGCAUAUUAGAUUCUGAGUUUACACGUGAAAACUAUUUCUAAUAUGAAUGCUUUCAGUUUUUCCGAAGUCACUUCACUCAAAAGAAGGAAGCUUGCACUGCUCGUGCUGGCACAGAUCAAAUACACCGCUAGGACUCAGAUUAAGGCAUUGCAUGUCCUAAUAUUUUGAAAGAUUGCUCAGAAAACAAGGUGUUUUAAUCGUCGUACGUUUACUUCAAUUAUGACCUUGCACCAAUUAAGAUAGUCAUGUAAAACACCUUACUCUGCUUAAUCUGCCCACUGCCAAUUAGUUUAAUAUUGAGUUAUUAGUGCAUGUAAACAUACUCCAGUGUCAGAGCAUUUGAAACACCAUGGGGAUAUAACCUACAAAGGGAUCUCUUCCAUUUCAUACGAGGUCAUCGACAAGAGUAAGAGUACACAUGGACUUCCACUUUAACUUACUCCUUCUCUCAUUUUACUUAGAAAAAUGUUUGCUAUCUAUAGUAGAUUAUUAUGACAGAACGCUUCUCAUGGAGUUGUAUGCUAAUUUGAACAUUUCUUGACUGUAUCUGUUGUUUCUAUGAUACCAGUAAUAGAAUCAGAAUGAGUGUCCAUUGAUGUUUAAGGGUUAACGUUGGAAUUCUCCUCGCUCCUUUCAACCACUCUAUGGGGCAAAGUUCAUGUUCUUCUAGCAUUACCUGUUGCAGCGUUAAAUAAAAUGUUACAUAGUCUAGUUAAUCAUUUAGCACCUUAUUUAUCUUAAAGGCCCAGUGCAUUCAAAAACCAAAUUUCCUUGUGUUUUAUAUAUAUAUUCACACUAUGGAGGUUGGAAUAAUACCUGUGAAAUGCCCUUUGGGUGUAAGAGCCGUUUAAAAAGAGUGCCUGAAAUGUCAGCCUGUUUUGGUUGGAUGGAGUUUGGGCCUGCCUGGGGACAUCACCAAGUGGUAAAUUAGUUAAUAGACCAAUAAGAAAGAGUUCCAAACCUUUCUGCCAAUAACAGCUAGUUUUCCCCUUCCCACUCAGACCACUCCCAGAC